UGAAUAUAGAUAUAAUUCUAUUAGGCCAGUGUUGAGUGAAACGAACAGAUUCUAGUACGAACAACAAUUAGCUAGUAAUGUGUUGUUCAUGUGAGCAAUAUUUCUAUGGAAAUUUUCAGUGAUCGAUUAAAUUAUUGAAAGAGUGAUUUUCCGAUAGAAAGAAAUUCACCGCAGUCGUAGAGAUGUUUGCUAUUAUUAAGGGUCUUCUAUUUUUCUCCGUGCUCUCAUAUAAGGCAAAUGGCUGGGAAGAAAUACAAUAUGACAAGGAUGGUGAUCUGAGCUUAGGAGAGUUUAUUCUCAAGUAUGGAUCUGUUCCAAUCUCUACUCAUGAGCUGACCUUGUCGGAUGGCUAUAUCAUAGAAGUUUAUCGACUCGAAAGUGAGGAUGCAGACACGAAAAAACCUUUUCUCCUGAUGCAUGGUCUAUCAGGUUGUUCUGACAGUUUUUUCGUGGACAAAAAAAAGUCUCUACCAUUUUUUCUAAUGAAGCAGGGCUAUGAUGUAUGGUUGAUAAAUAACCGAGGUACCAUACAUUCCCGUCGUCAUACACGGCUGAAUAGCAGGACAGACAAGGAAUACUGGCAGUUCAGUUGGCAAGAGAUAGGAUUGAUGGAUAUGCCAGCGACUAUUGACCUGAUAUUAGCCAAUAAUAAGCACGAAAAGGUUGCACUUCUUGGUCAUUCAGAGGGUUCCUUCGAGAUAUUUGUAGGAUUGUCUGAAUUGCCAGAGUAUAAUAAGAAAAUUGCCAUAUCAUUCCAUUUCGGUGGAGCAGCAUAUCACUCAGGAUGUGUGCCAAAAAUGCUCAAUGCUGGCUGUAGGAUGCGAAAUCUUAUACAGGAGCUUCUUGACAGGAUGGGUAUAGCACAAUUGAUACCUUCUAACGGAAUAAGAGAAACAUUGAUAUCUCUUUGCAGGCUGGAUACUUUCAGCGAAACUUGUCGACAAUUUAUGUUCGAUUUAUUGGUAGUGACGAAUGAUUCCUUCAGUGACUUCAAAGAUGUUUCCUUCAUAUUCACAAAAUGGAUAUGCGGAGGCAGUGUCAGAGAAUUCCUUCAUUUUUCUCAGACAGGACAAUCAGGAAUUUUCGCUCGAUACGAUUAUGGCCCGAGAAAGAAUAGAAAAAUCUACAAUUCGACGUUGCCUCCCAGGUUUCACCUAGAACGAGUGACAUCACCAACAGCAAUAUUUUGUGGAAUGGAGGAUUUAUUUUGCCGCAAAGAGAACAUUGAUAAAGCCAGAUCUGAAAUACCAAAUGUUGUUUUCGCUAAACUUAUACCGCACUUCGGACAUGUCGAUUUUCUUCUUGAUAGAGCUUUACAACAUCAUAUAUAUAAGGAUAUGAUCAAAUUACUGAGAAAAUAUUUCAAAUGAUCAUCAGAUAAUAUUGAGAACUGCAAUCAACACUUCGUCUUUAUAGAAUAGAAAUUUGUGAGAUGAUUCGAUGCUAUUAAGUAGGAGACCGCCCAUACCAUUUUGUCAGUAAUUUCCUGCCUGUUUUACAAUACACCUAUAUUAGAUAUUAAAAAAAUUAUUUUUAUGUGA